GUGGACACAUAGAGAGAGACGCACGUGGGGCUGCAUGCCUCACCGCUCGCUGUUCUCAAACGAAAACCAGACGCCGAAGGCUCAUCUUUUUUAUUGCUAACCUCUCUCUCUCUCUCUCUCUCUCCCUUUAAACAUCAGUUUCAUUUCAUUCUUCUUACUUCUCAGUCCUAUCAUUAACUUUUUCUUGUUUGUAAGUGAACAAGUUGCUUCAACUUUGACAGUUUUCUGACUUUGUUUUCAAGAGAAACUUCCUGCUUUCUCUUUUGACAUAGACAUGGUCUUUCUUCUUGUAGACUUAAGCAUCUGAACAUCAACAGUAAACUAAACCAAUCUACUUUGGGUUUUCAAAAAACAAAACCACCUUUUUUAUGUGGGUUUCCCUUAAAGUUGCAUACUUUAGUUGCACUGUUUACUGACAAAAUAUUUUCUACUUUUCUUGUGAAGCUUUUAUCAGGGGUUUUCCUUGGUGGAUACUUUGGUUAUGUGAUAUUUGAUUUUAUUCGUUUUGGGAGUAGCUCCUCAGUUCCAAUGGUGGAACUUCAAUCCUGCGCCAGCUUGGUUAAUGCUUCUGCACUGUGUGCAAUAGAGCAAGAUAUGAAGGGAGAGAGUGUAAAUGUCAUUGCAGAGAUCGCAGCUGAGUUGCAAAGAGAGAGAGAAAAAAAUGCAGAGCUUAUGAAGAGAAUAUCUUCACUUGAAGCCCAAAUACAAGAAAGGGAGAAGGAAUCUCUUCUAACCAAUGAAAAACUGAAUCCAAGCAAAAGUCUACUGUCACUGCUUAAUGGCCUGGCCUCUUAUGUUCUCUCACAGGUCAGCUGUCUUGAUACCACAGAGAGAAGGUUCAAAAGACAGAAGAUAGAAACAUAUAGUCAUAGAACUGAAGAUGGAAAGAGUACCAAAACUGAAAUGGCCUCUAAAGCAGAGAAUGACACACAAUGCAUGCCUUCGAUAGAUGAAAAUCAGGACGAUCGCUUAGUUAACUGGAUGAGCAUGGACGAGACUCUUUUUUCGCAUUUUGAUAAAUUUAAAGACAGUGACCUUGCUGCAGAUCGUGAGGAUACAGAUGACAGUGAUGACGAAGAUGAAUAUUAUGAAGAGGAUGAUCCUAAUACUGGUUAUAAAGAUAGGGAAACUGAGGAAAAUCUAAGAAGUGCUAAUGAAGAACAACCUCAUGAGGAUGGUGUUGGCCCAGGAAUGCAAGUAUCUUGUCUGCAAAGUUAUUCCGCCAGUCAGAGUGAGCUGACAUUUACAAACACUAGCCAGUUGAUAAAAGAAAAUAGAGAAAAGAACUACACACUACAGGAUAUACAAGUAGCUUUUAACAGAAACAACCCAAAGUAUGUCAUGAAGGAAACAGAAAAGAAUGGAGAACACAAGUCUCCAGCAGAAAUGGCAACUUCUGGGCAAGAGCCUUGUCAUACAGUGUCUGGAAAGACAUCUUCAAAUAAGAAACCUCCGAAAGUUCCUUUCUGUCCAAAAGAAAUAAGAAAAAUGCUUGCAUCAGAUGCCCUUUUAUUCAAAAAUGCUCAGUCACACAGCAUAAGGAAGAUAAUUGUCUUUGCAUCCCUUGGCAUAAGGAAUGGAUGUGAAGAUAUGUAUGAGUUAGACUUCAAUCACUUCAGCAUUUUAAGGAAGGGGGAUCCGUAUGUUUCUUCAAAGAAUCCAGGGGAGCAUGUCCUAUAUGAGAAUCCUGGUGUCCAGCGGAAGGUUUUCUAUCCAAACCGACAGAAUCCAACACUAUGUCCUGUUCAAAUACUUGAGGAAGAGAAGGCUAUGCGUCCUACUGAUCCUAGCUGUCCAUCAUGCCUAUUUUUGUGCAUCAAGUAUGGUGGAAGGACAAGAAAUCUUCCUCAAAAUGAAUAUGUCAGGCAGCGAAUGGGAAGAAAUAAACUAAAGUCUUUCGGACCUGUCAUGUGCCGAAUGGCAAUGCUAGUCCAUAUUCGCAGUGGAAGCUUCUUCUUCAAGGCCUUGGGCAUCACACUUCUGUUCAUGGCAGGUUUUCCUGAUGACCUUGUUCAAAGAGAAACAAAGUACAGGAACUUAGACUUGCUGCAAAAGUAUUAUAGGACAGACGAAGAUGCUGAAGAUGAAGAGUUGUUUCUUUCACAUCCAAUAGCUUUUGACACUGCUAGUCCUAGUUCUCAGCAAUUAACUGGGAAGACUACCUCAACAAAAUCAAAGGGAAGAAGGCAGACAAACUCCAGCAGCAAGUCCCACAAUUUUCCAAAGGCCUCAGUUCAAGAAUCAGCACCGUCGAGCUCAACACCUGGUACCCAAUUUGGGCUGAUGGCCUACACCUCAAUCCAAACUCAUGCAAUGGCAGCAUUUCAGUCCACACAAUCACAGACGCCAGCUGAAACUACACAAAUCUCAAACCCAAUGAUGAAGAGUCUUGGAAACAAUGUGUCCUACCAUAAUCAAACCCCAUAUCACUUGUUUCCGCCACAACCAGCAAAUACUUUCAUGCCUAUGGUAUAUUGGCCUCCACCAGUUGUCUUUCCUCCCAUUACUUAUCCAACUUCAUAUGGUUAUCGAUCUCAUCCAACUAAUGCAAAUAACAUUUCCAUCCAUCCACAGUCUUACUACAAUCACCCUUCUUCCAGUUCUUUUAUCCCUAAGAUAAUAGAACGCAAUAGGAAGGAUGUUUCGGCAUCCUUGGCACUGGAUAGUGACUCAGAUAGCAGCUCUAGCAGUUCGGAAGAACCAAAAGAGGCAUUACCAAGCUGUAGGUAGUGGCCUGAAUAUGCAUAUACAAUGUUUCUUGUAAAUUAUCAUUACAGGAAAAGGAACUUGGUAAAAGAAAGCUGUGAUAUAAAUUCAUCUCGAUGAGCCUUUUCUUCACAUCAUGUGCGUGACUUAAAAGUUAAGCAUUCAUGUUCUUUCCACUGCUGCUUAGAUCAUGAUACAGAUUAAGUUUUUUAAUGGGGUAAGGAAUCUUGUUGUCCUGCAUUGCAACAUGUAUUUGAUGAGUAAGUUACCAAUCUGCCUCAAGCAUGCAAGAUCAUUAACCAUAAUUUGAUGAACAUUUUGUAGUCUGUUCAAACUCGAAAAUACAGCAGUGAACUGGAAACUUGAAAGUAUAAUUCCUGCUUCUGAUAAGCCUUUUGGGAUAGUGUACAGAAUUUUUGGGAAGGCCGGUGGCAAGCCUUAGUCCUGAUGGGUAUUUUAUUGGAAUUAAGGCUACUUCAGGAUUUUCAUUUGGCUUGUUCUUCAGAUUUAAAAUUCAAUGAUGUGAUGGUCAUCACCAUAACUGUCUGCCCAUGCUUGGAGCAUUUGCCUCCCAACUUUGAUAGUGAGACUCAGGCCCCACACCUUCAUUCUUCAUUCAUCUGUCUGCACUACAAUUACAUAUAUCAGUGGCGAACUACCAAGAGAUAAAUUUUCAUUGCAUUCAUAUGCUUAAAAUCUAUAUUUCUUGACAUAAUGGAAAAUCUUUCUUCUAUCAUCCAAGAUUCAACCUGUUUUAAUAUCCACUGUUGGCUAUUGUUUAUGCUUUUGCUGCUAG